UAUUGUGUACAUAAACUUUGAUCAGUGCUCGUCAGGGUUAUGGCUGCUCUGAUCAAACUCGUCUCGCCGUGGAGAUUUCACCGAUUCACCCGAGCGAGUAGAGCUGCAUUGAUACCGUGUGUUCAGCUGCACAGCACCGCUUCAGUUAUGGGAGCUUCAGUGGAAGAUUUCAACACGGCCAAAGAAAAACUGGGCACUUUGAAAAAUGAUCCAGGGAAUCAAGUCAAACUCAAGAUCUAUGCGCUGUUUAAACAGGCCACACAAGGACCCUGCAACAGCCCCAAACCCGGCAUGCUGGACUUUGUGAACAAAGCGAAAUGGGACGCAUGGAAGAGUCUGGGGUCCGUGUCACAGGAGGAGGCCAGGCAGCAGUACGUGGAUCUCAUCGAGUCUCUGGUGGGAUCAGAAGCUCCUGCUGUGUCCGCGCAGACGACCGGGAGCUCGAAGGCCUUCCAGACCCUGCUGGUCACCACAGAGAACAACAUCACCACCAUACGCCUCAACAGACCUGGGAAGAAAAACGCCAUCACUGUAGAGAUGUACAACGAGCUGAUUGAAGCUUUGGAUCUGGCUGGAAAAGACGAUUCUGUCAUUACAGUGAUGACAGGUAACGGGGAUUAUUACUGCAGCGGAAACGACCUGAACAACUUUACGAAGAUCCCUGAGGGUGGAGUGGAGGACAUGGCUAAACAAUCUGGGGAGUUGCUGAGGAGGUACGUGAAUGCGUACAUUGACUUCCCCAAACCUCUGAUCGGAGUGAUAAACGGACCGGCGGUGGGGGUAUCAGUCACCCUGUUGGGACUGUUUGAUGUUGUUUAUGCCACAGAGAGGGCGACGUUUCACACACCCUUCAGUCAGUUGGGUCAGAGUCCGGAGGGCUGCUCUUCAUAUCUGUUCCCCAAAAUUAUGGGCACAGCAAAGGCUAGUGAGAUGCUGUUGUUUAAUAAGAAGCUGACGGCCACACAGGCCUGUGAAGUGGGUCUGGUGACUGAGGUCUUUCCUGAAAGCUCCUUCCAGAGCGAAGUGUGGACCAGACUGAAGGCCUACGCCAAACUGCCCAGGAACGCUCUGGCUCUGUCGAAGCAGCUGAUCCGCGGAGUGGAGAAAGAGAAACUUCACGCCGUGAACGACGCAGAGGUGGAGAGACUGGUGGAGCGCUGGCUCUCAGAUGAAUGCAUGCAGGCCAUCAUGACCUUCUUCCAGGCCAAGUCUAAACUUUGAGGAGAGCCGCUCAAUGAGGAGG